UUUUUUUUUUUUUUUUGAGUGUUGAGAGAAGAGAGGCUUUGGGAAAUCUCCCUAACUGUGUGUUUUUGGUUUUGGUAUAUUAAUACGGCGCGAAGUUCGUUAGAGUUUAGGAUCAUUCUCAAUGAAGCCAGACGUAGUGGAGAUCGCUCCUCCUUCUUGCUCGAGAACACUCACACCAACCAAGGCUGAAACUCCAGAAGUGAUUGAUGCGAAGCUAUACGAUACGCUAAGCGGUGGUGUUCUUAAUGGCAGCAAUGUUGAUCCCAAGAAUAAAGGGAAGGCUAUAGAGGAGUUUGAUUCCCUUUCUUACGAUGACCAAGAUGAUGAUUAUGUUGCGGGGUCUCCUGGCGAUGCUUAUGGUUACCCUGGAUCGUCUCCAGUAUCAAAUAGUUUGCUUGACCCGGAUUCUUUGAUUUAUGAUGACGACUACGACUAUGCUGACCAAUCUACUUAUGAAAUGGAGGAGACGGAUAACUACUCCAUGUAUCAAGACCUUUUUGAUGCUAAGGAUGUGCCGACUGGUGUCGAGGUGUCAAUGGAUUGGUUUCCAAAUUCAGCUGACAAGGAAUCAGCGAAAAGCAGCAAAUCUUCUCAUGAUAAAAAUGGGAAUGUAUCAGAUGUUACUGCUAGCAGCUCCAAAAAGGCAACAACAGGAGGUGGAAUCCACUCUCAGUCUUCUUUCUCUGCUAUGGUAACCCAUGUUGCUCAACCAUGGAAUGCUUUGCCGCACAACUCUAAGGGAGUCAUACCUAACUCUGCUUAUGCCUUGCCACAAAACAGCAAGGGUUUCCAAUAUCCUGCACCACCUUUCACUCUCGGUUCUGCUUCUGCAACCUCCAAAACGUAUUUUUCCAGUCCUUUUCAGCCUCAGACUCCCGAUUUAGUAACUGGGGAGGCUCCGGCCCCUGGUCCAGCUUCUUCUGGUUUAUUGCUUCCGGUACCUCCAUCUACAUCCGGUUUAAAAGGUUAUGGUGCUCGGCAGAGAUUGGGGGAGGUUGUUGCACCUCCAGAUCCUUCCAGAGUUAAGAGAAAAAUGGAGGAUUAUCUUUCGACGUAUGUGUUUUUCAAAAGAUUUGACAUUGUCGAAGAUUAUUCAGACCACCACUAUGCUUCUAAGGGAUCAACUUCUAAGCAGUAUACAAAGGAGUGGGCGAAGAGGAUCCAAGAGGAGUGGAAAAUUCUUGAGAAUGAUUUGCCAGAUUUGAUAUUUGUCAGAGCUUAUGAAUCUAGGAUGGAUCUUUUAAGGGCUGUGAUUAUCGGAGCCCAAGGAACUCCCUACCAUGAUGGCCUGUUCUUUUUUGACAUCUUCUUCCCGGAUACAUACCCUUCUGUACCACCGAUUGUUCAUUACCAUUCUGGUGGGCUAAGAAUCAACCCGAAUCUGUACAAUUGUGGGAAAGUGUGUCUGAGUCUUCUCGGCACUUGGGCUGGUAACCAGAGGGAGGAGAAAUGGAUCCCCAACAAAUCCACAAUGUUACAGGUUCUUGUCUCGAUCCAAGGUCUAAUUUUAAAUCAGAAACCUUACUUCAACGAGCCUGGUUACGAGAGGUCAGCGGGUUCUGUAAUGGGAGAGAAAAACUCUAAAGAUUACAGUGAAAACACAUUGAUACUGUCUUUAAAGACUAUGGUUUAUACCAUGAGGAGGCCACCCAAGUAUUUUGAAGACUUUGCGUAUGGACAUUUCUACAGCUGUGCUCACGACGUGUUGAAGGCGUGUAAUGCUUAUAGAAAUGGAGCUCCACCGGGAACUCUGGUGAAGGGGGCUCAAGAUGUGGAAGAGAGUAGCCAGAGCAGCUCUGAGAAGUUUAGGACAGAUGUGGCUACCUUUGUGGAGACAGUGCUGUUGAAGGAGUUUAUUCUUUUAGGUGUGCUCGGUCUCGAAGAGGAGGGAGAAGAGAAUGGCACUGAGACUAAAAACGUUGCAGAGAGCAGCAACAGUACCAGAUCAAGCUCCAAGAGAGACCGAGUUUCUUCUAGUUGAGUUCGGCUCCUCGUUUUUUUUUUGUUUUUCCUUAGUUUCUCCCUUUCUUACAAAUCAUGGAUCCUCUUCUUUUUCUUUUUAAUCUCUCCCUUAACUAUGACAUAAAUCUUGAGACUAUUGAGAACUGAGAAGUCACCCUCAUAUGUACAGUUGCUUCGAUCAGUCAGUUUUAAUCCCCCAACAAGGUUUGGAUAUUUUUA